AUGCUGCAUGAAUUUAAAGUCAGGUUAAGGAGGACCCUGGCCCCCCCAGCCUCCAUUUCGAGCUCGAACGACACUGUUAGCAUAUCCGGCAUCCUUGAUUCCCUCUUUGCAGAGACACCUGGUCAAGAUAUCAUUGAGGCACCUCCAGAUGGCGCAUCGUGUCACCAAUUCCACGACGCCGGGCAUCUGGAGCGCGAGGAGGUCGUGGAUGACAGUCCCGAAGUCCCAGAAAUACUGGGGUAUGACCAUACCCGGGCAGAAUCCGAGGGGAUUAGAGAGCUAGAGAACCCUGAAGAGAGAGGCAACCCGAAGGCACAAGGGCCUGCGGACAAUUGGCGUUUUCCCACUCCGGGAGAUGACAGCGAUGGCGAUGGCGAACGAUCAUCGAAUUCGACUUCACCUCUCUCAUUGCCACCGACGCGAAAUCAAAAUACUGGUGAAUAUCCUCAGCACCCAGAGACAUUGAUUCAGAUAAACCAGGAGAUGGAAACACUCUACGAGCUCGAAAAGGAGCAGGCCGAACAAAUCAACAUCCUCUCUCGAAAAGUCUUCGCCGCUGCUUGGAGGACGAGCCUCUCAACUCCGAAGGAGAUCCGGGACCACUGUCUUGGGAAGAUAACAGACCUGCUGGGAAGUACGGUGGGCCAGGAGAUUGACCUGGACGCAGGACAUUUGAGAGGGAAAGGGAAGCUUCCUGAGCGGCCAUACCGUCGGCACUGCGGGUACUCGCCUGUUACGAACAUCUCGCUUGCACGACGGCAUGACGAAGCGCUCGAAGGUGUCGAAGAAGACACCUCCCUGGGGCGAUCGUACACUCUCCCAAUUCAAUCCACGACGCCUCCUUUUACCUCCACCCCACCGAAGAAACGUCUCCGAGAAGAGGACGCCGUCGACGAGGAAGACUUGAGUACAGAAAAUUGGCUCCAUCGCUCGAGGAAGCCGCCAAGAAUCCCAUUUUCAAGCGAGGAGGCCCCUCCGACCAAGCGCGCUCGUUCGGAUAUGGAUAGCGAUUGUGCGACACAGUGA